AUUUCUUCUUUCCUGGUCUAACUCCUUUUCCCUGAGCAAGGUUUUCACCUUGAAAGCAGUCCGUGGAUUGCUGAAAGAACUACAUGCAGUUCGCAGGGCAAGCCUAUGGCAUCAGCGGUCAGUCAAGCAGUUUUCAAUCUUUGUGCAUCGGACUAUUGGCUCAGUUUGAAUCUUGGGCUGAUCAGAAAACCUGUGCUUGGCACCCAAAAGAGACUUCAGCUUCCUGUCAGCCACAGCUCCGAUCGCCCCACCGAAGCGCCGCCCAUGGCGCACGGAGUGCAGCGAACGCCGGCGCCGCCGCAGCCGGCGCCGCCACCGCUGCCGCAGGAGCCGGCGCAUGCGGCGGAGGAGGAGGAGGACUCCGAGCCCGCCGCCGCGGUGCUGAAGGAUGGUCGGCGCCCGGCGUUGUACAAACCCACGAGCUUUGAGAUUGAGAAGAUGCGAAAUCGACACGAUGCAGCUGGCGAUGAUGACCUGGAAGACGAAAACAAUGUGGAACGCAAUUUCUGGGUGACGUUCAUUCGGAAGAAUCCCAUGAUGCGGACAGGAGGCGCCGCGGUCUCGACGGCCGACCUGGCGGCCUGGGGCGACGCGGAUCCAGCGCUGAUGGGGCCCCACGGGCCCUCGUUCAUUGGAAAGGUCUUUCGAGAUCCGAUGUCUGCCAAGGUGAAACUGGUCUAUGACGGUCACAACCGCUUUGACUUCCACGCUGUGGAUCUGUGGACACGCCCCACGGUGGAGGGAUCCAUCGAGAAGUUAAAGAAGGAUCGAUACCUUUUCAAACCCGUGCCAUUGCUCUACCGUACUUGGAUGUAUCAUGAAUCCUAUCGGCACCACAAGAACAUCGACGCCAGCGCGGACGACACCGGGGUGAUCCGGGAGAUUUUGAACUUCUCCGCGGUGGACGCGGACCUAGCAGCAGGUCGUUGGUCUCCACUGGUCGCACUGGUACCGGCCUCCUUCUUCUGUGCCUUGACCUGUGACGAGCUCUCAGUGGGUGCGGCGGUGGUUUUGACCUGGAUCAUGCAACGGGCGGGGAUGAUCUUGAAUAGUCCCGAGCGUUACAAGGAACUCCGCUUUUGGCUGCUCAUCCCUCGACUGGCCUGGAUCGCCUUUGUGAUCUGGCGCGCCAUCAGCUGGGUCCCGCAGGCGGUGCCGCUGAAUAUCAUUGGGCUCGCUGGCACGUUGAUCUUCUGUAUGCUAGACUUUUACUAUGGAGACAAAGAAACCAUGGCGAAGUUUCGACUCAGCUGCCAAUAUGAAGUCAUCAAGGUCCUUCCAAAUCGCGUCUUCGUGUGCCGUCGUGUUGGGGCUGCGGAUUUGGAACAACUCUUUGGAUCUCGAGGACACGUCCACCAGAACGUUACAGGCAUUGGGCAGUGGGGCAAAGAUAUGGUGUUGAUCGCUGAAAUUAUGGGAUGCAUUUUCGAGCUACGGCCUUUUAACCAGAAGGACUGGAAUUUGCUUAUUCAACAAAGCGAAGGUGAUGACAAUGCCCGCCUCUCGGUUUGGGGCCUCGACUGCUAUGAUAAAGGCUGCCCCACCUGGCUUGAUCUUCGACGAAGGCAACAGGUGGAAACAGUUGCGUUCAUGAUGAAGGUGGGCACUCGUCAUGCCUCUGGAGCGGUGGAUGCUGACAGGCUGCUGAAUCAACUUGAAGCUAACAAGAGCCUCUUUGAACGCGAUGCGGAGGCGCACAAAGGAUUUGAAGAUCUGCGAGAGAAUUCUCCACCAGGUACACCCAAAAAUCAGGCUGGAAUCCUGGAUGAUGACGCUCUUAACUAGCUCUUUGGGCUUGUAAACCACAAGCCCUUGAACAUGUCUUAAACAGCCUUUCGGCGCUCUGCCACGGGCCGUUUCACACAUGGCCUGAAUCUGGGCCGAGCGGAGCAGCUCC